UGAAACAAAAACGAAAUUUGUAAAAUAGUUUUUUUUUCUCUGAAAAGAAAUCGACAUUUGCAUUUGCAAUUGCAAUUUGCAAUUCUUCUCUUCCUUACGUCUCACUCAAAAUAUUGCUCUAAGUAAUAAGAAUAAUGUUUUGUUAAUGGUGUGUAGAGAGAUAUCUCAGCUCUCAAGUGGGUGAGUGAGAUCCAUCAAACCCGAAAGUGGGUUCGCAUCUCUAUAAACAAACAUAGAAUUCAUUCAAUUUUAUCAAAUCGAAGCGUACCCAUAUUUAAAAAGCCACCCUUUGCUCUUUGUUCUUUGUUCUUGGGAUAGUGGGUGGGGCUAGUUAUUUAACGCCCAUACUAUCCACCAUUAUUACAUCUAUGUUUGGAGGUCAAGUGAUAGCGCCAAACAAUAGCCCACAUUUGAGGAAGUCUGGUAGCCGACCUGUUGUCUUUGAUCUUGUUGGUGAUCAGGGAAAUGGUUCAGAGGAAGGUUUCUUGCAUUCAAUAGAGUCAAACGAAAUGAAGAGUGUGAUUACACCAAUAACUACGGUUGCAAUAAUGCCAUCUCCAGUGUUGUUAUGGAGAUUCAAGGUACUAUUGUUCUUUCUUUGGGGUUUCAUUUGCUGCAAGAUUGGAUGGGAUUCUGUCAUGAGGAUGAGUGCAGAUCUGCGGGACCUUUUCUUAUACGAGGCAUUUUUGUAUUAUAACCCUCUUCUUCUUGUGACUAUGAUGGUUUGGCUUUGGGGAGUUAAUUUAUGGGUUUUUGCCCAGUCUACUGUCAGUUAUGCAAAAGUUUUUGAUCUUGAUCAAAAUCAUCUUACUCAUAGAGAGAUAUGGAAGGUAGCCACAUGGAUGACUAUCAUUGUUCCAACUAGCAUGACAGCAUAUCUGUAUCUUUAUUCUCAUGGAGAAGUAUCAUUGGCGGCAUCACAACCAGUUCUCUUAUACUUUGCCGUUUUGAUGGUCUUGAUAUUUCCCUUUGAUAUUUUUUAUUUGUCAUCCCGCUACUACUUGUUAAGGACUCUUUGGCGGAUAGUUUUCCCACUACAGGCAAUUACAUUUUCUGACUUUUUCUUGGCUGAUAUUUUGACCUCCAUGUCAAAGGUAUUUUCAGAUUUGGAGCGUUCAGUGUGCCGAAUGGUCCAUCGGCAGGUUGCCACUAUUGCAUGGUUUGAAGCUGAUUCUGUUUGUGGGAGUCACUCUGUUGCAAUACCUUUAAUUCUUGUUUUACCUUACAUUUUUCGAUUGUUCCAAUGUCUUCGACAAUACAAGGAUACUAGGGAGAAAACAUCUCUCUUUAAUGCUUUAAAAUAUUCGACGGCGGUGCCAGUGAUUUUUCUUUCAGCCCUGAAAUAUCAUGUCUUCCCUGAUAGGUGGACAAGUUUUUACCGGCCUCUAUGGCUGCUAUCAAGUGUUUUGAACUCGUUGUAUUCGUUCUACUGGGAUGUGACACGGGAUUGGGACUUGAGCUGCUUCACUCGAGUUUUCAAAUUCAACAAACCAAAUGUCUGCUCAUAUAUACUAUAUGGACGAAAAUGGGUAUACUUUUGGGUGAUAGGAAGUAAUUUGAUUCUGCGUUGUACAUGGACAUACAAGCUGUCUGCCCAUCUCCGUCACAACUAUCUUACUGUGUUUGCAAUUACUGCCUUGGAGAUGGUUCGCCGCUUCCAGUGGGUAUUCUUUCGUGUGGAAAAUGAGUGGAAUAAGAUGACUUCCAAGUCGAGUAUUCAGCUCCAGAUGAAUGAAAUCUCAAGCGAGGAAGCCAAGUUACUAGUUCCCAGUGACCAUAAUGUAUAGACAACAAAUGAUUAUUUAUCUUGCCAAGAGCAUCAUGGAGGUCUUGAAUGGUUUCCUCCAAUUUCUUUUUUGCAGGACAGGGUUUAUUAGUUCCAUUUUUAGUUUUCAAUUCAUAUCAUUUUUUUUUGUUUUCUUGUUCAUAGAGGUUUAGGCUGUCCAAACUUAACAAUGGUAGAUAUUAAUCUGAUCAUACUAUGCUUUCAAUGUA